AUGUCCAUUCAGCCGAUUAUAACGUUCAAGGCCGGAAUAUGCGAGGUUGACCCCUCGACGAAGCCGUACAAGGUCUCGGCCAAGCCUGAAAAGGGCUAUGUCUACCUAUACUCUGAGGAUGAUCUAAUCCACUUUUGCUGGCGGCAACGCAGCUCUCCUAUUGACGAACCCGAUCUGGACCUGGUCAUGGUGCCUACCGAUGGCCACUUUGUUCCUCACGAGUCUCACAAGCAAACGAACUCGGCCUCCAAGACGAAUGGCCGUGUCUUUGUCCUCAAGUUCAUGUCAUCUUCACAACGCCACAUGUUCUGGAUGCAAUCGAAACCCCAAGGCCGCAACGGCGACCCGGCUUGGUUCAGCCCCCGAGACCUCAAAAUUGGCCAAAUUGUCGAUGCUCUGUUGCAGGGUGAGGAGGUGGAUGUCCAAUCCGAGCUCAACUCGGUAGUGAACAACAAUAACGAUGACCGUCCCGAUGAUGACGAGGAUGACGCCAUGGAGGACGUUCAGGGUCACGGCGACUCAAACGACCCUCGCGGCGGAGCCGGUGCUGGAGGCGCUGGCUCUGACGCCACUGGCGGUGAUGUACGAGAAGAGGGAGAGGGUGCCAGAGAGGGCGGUGCAGACGGAGCUCGAGCUGCUGCUGGUGGAAACGUUGACGCUGCUACUGCCGUGAGAAAUCUCCUCAACUCUUUGCAAGGCGGCCUGCCUGGCCAGGGCGGCUCUGGUCCCAGCCAAGGAGGCGAGGGAAAGCUCUAUCCCAUGCUUUCGGAUCUACUGACCCCGCCCACCACGGUCCCAGUUGCACAAGAUGCCACAGAGGAACAGUUGGACGAGCUCCUCGAUUACCUACCCCCUCAGGUCCUCAUUCUUUCCCAGCAAUCCGACUCGGGAGAUGCCUCCACAGAGCCCACCCCCGCCGCCGUUGAGGCUGCCAAGCAAGCCAUGAGCGUCGGCCAGAAGAAGGCCUUGCUAGUCAAGGUUCUGCGGAGUCCUCAGUUCCACCAGAGCUUGACCAGUCUUACCAUGGCAUUGAGAGAUGGCGGUUUGCCCACCAUUGCCGAGGCUCUUUCAGUCAAGGUCGAAAACAAUGGCUACAUGAAGGGUAGUAGUAUGCCCCUCGGUGGCGGAGAGGCCGUGGAAGCUUUUGUCGAAGGUGUCAAGAAGACUGUCGAGAAAAAGUAG